CUACCGAGGAAGACUGGGGCAAAGUUCUUCGAGAAUCUUGUGUAUAGAAGUUUGGCAGAGUGUAUUCCUUUAAUUUUUGGCAUUUCUGUCCUUUAAAUGGCUAAGAAAAGUAGAUUAGAAGCUGGGUAACAAUUUUUUUAAGCUAUAUUCAAGAAUGAAUCCCGAUGCAAUGCAGGGUAGAUACAGCGCUCCUUUAUUCUUAUUACUCUGGCUUUUCUUCCUCCAUGGCACUCUAUGUGAGCAAGUCCUUCAGACAUUUACAGGAGAGAUCGGUGCAGGGAAUUACACCUACUUCACACUUAAUCGCGAAGGAGAGAUAACCCUAAUCUUGGAGAGCACAGAGGGUGAUGCCGACCUCUAUAUAUCACAGAACGUAGCCAAGCCUGAUUAUGAGAAUUAUGACCUUCAAUCGUCAACAUGCGGCCAAGACGUGGUCACCAUUCCUGUGGAAUUUAAGAGGCCAAUUGGCAUUGGCGUACUUGGCCAUGCUAACUCACCGCUGUCAAAGUACACCAUGACAGUCGUUGUAGAUUAUGGAACAGGCAUGGCAGAGGAUAAGAAUCGAUGGUACUCUGCAUCUGAGGAAGGUGGUGAACCACAAGAAGAGUCUUUGAUUUGGAUGAUUUUUGUUGGAAUUCUUAAGAUUAUUUUUGAAAUAUUGCUAUAGUUAAUAAGGGCCAUUAUUUAAGCUUGUUUUGAGGUACACCAUCAGGGAGGUUUGGAGAGGUUAAUUUUAGACAAGGGUUUCUUGCUGUAGCACUUCUUGCAUGGUCCAGCAAGGGUUAAAAUGGAAACUGGUAGUCAACUUUAUUUGAGGCCAGGAAAUAGGACCAGUUGCAUUAUUUCAGCUACCAAGAUCUGUUAUUCACCCCCCCCCCCCCCCCCCAUCCCUCCCCUUCCCUUCAAGACCCUGGAUGGACAAACAUUAUUAGACAAGAAAGGACUAAAAAAGCACAAAUAACAGGUAACCCGGUAACAGGGUUUAGAGACAAAUAAAGAACGAUAAUUUUCCCAAGCUAGUAACCCAUCUCAGGUACAUAUAAAACCAUAAGGAUAGGACAAUUCUGCUUUAAUCUGUGGAAAGUCUUGGCUUCUGUGUGCUAGGUAGAGACACAGGAAAAUUAAACCCUCUCCAAAUCUUCGCUAUGCAAGGGUAUAGAUUCAGGGAGGGUUUAUUUGGUGGCUAUCCCUCCCCUGCCUCCUUGAUAAAUCUCUGAGACAUUUUUAUUAUCCUUUUCCUUUUUUUGUGUGUUCAUGUCUUGGUUUGUCUACACCCUUUUAUAGAUUCUGGACCUGUAAGUGCCAUGGCCCUGUAUUUGCUGUGUGGCAACCAUACAUAUCAAGGAGGAGUUUCAUAAUAAGAGAUGACUAACAUAACUGUACUUUACCCUUGGUUGAAGAUUUAAGUUAUCAAUAAAAAUUUAAGUGAAACAAAAA